AUGGGAGAUGAAUGUGGCCCGGGUGGCAUCCAGACGCGAGCCGUGUGGUGUGCCCACGUGGAGGGCUGGACCACACUGCCCACGAACUGCAAGCAGCCGGAUCGGCCGGACAACCAGCAGAGCUGUUUUCGGGUCUGUGACUGGCACAAGGAGCUAUACGACUGGCAGAUCGGCAGCUGGAACCAGUGCCGGCCCGUCCUCUCCCGGAGCCACGAGAAGCCCCUGGAGUGCCUCAGAGGGGAAGAAGGGAUCCAGACAAGGGACAUCACCUGUAUCCAGAAGUCCAACGGGGUGCCAGCUGAGGAUGUCAUCUGUGAGUACUUUGAGCCGAAGCCCCGCCAGGAGCAGGCGUGCCUCAUCCCGUGCCGGCAGGACUGCAUCGUGGCCGAAUUUGCCGCGUGGUCGGAGUGCUCCAAGACCUGCGGCAACGGGCUUCAGCAUCGAACUCGGCACGUUGUGGCUCCACCGCAGUUCGGUGGGUCUGCUUGUCCUAACCUCACCGAGUUUCAGAUCUGUCAGUCUAGCCCGUGCACUGCUGAAGAAAGCCUCUACAGCCUAAACGUGGGACCCUGGAGUGCAUGCUCAGUGCCCCAUUCAAGACAAAUAAGGCAAGCGAGGAAACGAGGGAAGAACAAAGACAAGGAGAAGGACAGAGAAAAGGCAGUUCGGGAUCCUGAGGCUCGUGAGUUAAUUAAGAAGAAGAGGAAUCGAAACAGACAGAAUAGACAGGAGAACAAAUAUUGGGACAUACAAAUUGGGUACCAAACCAGGCAGGUGACAUGCACUCACAGAAAUGGGAAAACUGCUGCUCUGAGCUUCUGCAAACAAGACAAGUUGCCCAUUACGUUCCAGUCCUGUGUGAUCACAAAGGAGUGCCAGGUGUCAGAGUGGUCAGAAUGGACCCCCUGCUCCAAAACCUGCUUUGACAUGACAACCCCUAAAGGGAAUCGUACAAGAUCACGGACCAUUAAACAGCUCCCUAUCGGCAGUGAAAGUGAAUGCCCGCAAUUAGAAGAAACAGAGCAGUGUGUUUCUCAAGGAGAUGGUGUGGCACCAUGCAUUACGUAUGGUUGGCGGACCACAGAGUGGACAGAAUGCCGUGUCGAUCCUCUCCUUAGCCAACAGGACAAGAGGCGAGGAAAUCAGACAGCGCUGUGCGGAGGUGGCAUUCAAACCCGGGAAACGUACUGCGUGCAAGCUAAUGAAAAUCUCCUCUCCUAUUUAAAUACCCUCAAGGAUAAAGAAGAAAGUCAGUCACAGAGCAAGUCGAAGGCUAGUGCUGCACCUCUGCUAUCGAUCACUUUUGAAAUAACAGCCUCGAGGCCGGUGGACCGUACGCUGUGUACGGGACCUCUUCCCAGCACCUCCCAGCUGUGCCAUAUACCCUGUCCUACAGAGUGUGAGACCUCGGCAUGGUCAGCCUGGGGACCAUGCACCUAUGAAAGCUGUGAUGACCCUCAGGCCAAGAAGGGCUUUAAACUAAGGAAACGGCGCAUCACUAACGAGCCUACGGGAGGAACGGGAAACUGCCCUCACCUGCUGGAAGCCAUCCCAUGUGAAGAGCCCUCCUGCUAUGACUGGCGAAUCGUGGGGCUGGAGGAGUGCAUUCCUGACAAUGAGAAGCCAUGUGGCCCUGGUACGCAGGUUCCUGUAGUCGUUUGCAUCAACAGUGAUGGAGAAGAGGUUGACAGACAGCUGUGUAGAGAUGCUAUCUACCCAAUCCCGGUUGUCUGCGAAGCUCCAUGCCCAAAGAACUGUGUGCUCAGCAUGUGGUCCGCAUGGUCCUCCUGCUCACACACCUGCUCCGGCAAAACCACAGAAGGGAAGCAGAUGCGUGCCCGCUCCAUUCUGGCGUAUGCAGGUGAAG